AUGAAGUCCGUCGUCGCCGCCCUCUCCGUGGUCGCCAUCGCCCAGGCAUCGUCCUUCAAGAUUGGAACCAUCCACCAUGACUCUGCCCCGAUCCUCGAUGCCACCAACGCCAACACUAUUCCUGGCGCCUACAUCAUCAAGUUCAAGGACCACGUCGAUGAGCCCAAGGCCAAGUCCCACCAUGCCUGGGUCUCGGAUAUCCACAGCGAUGGCGAGCAGCAGCGUCUUGAGCUCCGCAAGCGCGGUCUCUUCGACUCCGUCGAGGAUGCUUUUGCCGGUAUGAAGCACAGCUUUGAUCUUGGCUCUGGCUUCCGUGGUUAUUCUGGCCACUUUGACGACGCCGUCAUUGAGCAGAUUCGCAACCACCCCGACGUUGAGGCCAUUGAACGGGACUCCAUUGUCCACACCACCGUCCCCGUCACCACCAAGCAUGCUGUCACUGAUGACACCUGCAAGCAUGAGGAGGAAAAGCAGGCUCCUUGGGGCCUUGCUCGUAUCUCUCACCGCGAUACUCUGGGUUUCAGUACCUUCAACAAGUACCUGUACGCCGAGGAGGGUGGUCAGGGUGUUGAUGCCUACGUUAUUGACACUGGCACCAACAUCGAUCACGUCGACUUCGAGGGCCGUGCCCAAUGGGGUUACACUGCUCCUGACGGCGAUGCGGAUGAGGACGGCAACGGCCACGGCACUCACUGCUCUGGCACUAUCGCCGGUAAGAAGUACGGUGUUGCCAAGAAGGCCAACGUGUACGCCGUCAAGGUCCUUCGCUCUAACGGCUCGGGCACUAUGUCGGAUGUCAUCAAGGGAGUUGACUGGGCUGCCAAGAAGCACGAGGAGCAGGUACAACUGGCCAAGGAUGGUAAGCGCAAGGGCUUCAAGGGCUCCGUCGCCAACAUGUCUCUCGGUGGUGGCAAGACUACCCUGCUUGACUUGGCUGUUGAUGCUGCCGUCGACAAGGGGCUUCACUUUGCCGUCGCUGCCGGUAACGAUAACGCGGACGCCUGCAACUACUCCCCUGCUGCCGCUAAGAAGGCCGUCACUGUUGGGGCCUCGACCAUUGAUGACAGCCGUGCCUACUUCUCCAACACGGGCAAGUGCACUGACAUCUUUGCCCCUGGCUUGAACAUUCAGUCCACCUGGAUCGGCUCCAAGUACGCCAUCAACACCAUCUCUGGUACCUCCAUGGCCUCUCCCCACAUCUGCGGUCUCCUCGCCUACUACCUGUCCCUCCAACCCGCCGCCGACUCUGAGUACGCUGUUGCCGCCAUCACCCCCGCUGAGCUCAAGGAGAGCAUCAUCAACAUUGGUACCAAGAACACUCUUAGCGAUGUUGGCUCCGGAUCCCCCAAUGUUCUUGCUUGGAACGGUGCUGGCUGCAACGACUACAAGAAGAUUGUCGAGGCUGGCAGCUACGACGCUAAGCGCACCUCGUCCAAGACCGAGAACAUCCACACCAAGAUCCAGCACGAGUUCGAGGUCGUCAGUGGCGAGAUUACCAAGUCCGCCAAGACCUUCGGCAGCAAGGCUGAGAAGUUCGCCAAGAAGAUCCAGCACAUUGUCGAUGCUGAGGUCGAGGAUUUCCUCUCCCACCUGGAGUAA